UGAAUCCCCUGUAACGGAAGAGGUCAAUGGGGAAGCGAAUACGAAGAGGCAGUUCGAUUUGCUCCUGUUCUUCUCCUCGAUCGAGUUCUAUCACUCCAAACUCAAUUUUCUCCUGCUACGAAGAGGAUAUAUGGACGGAGAUCGCGAAAUACUUGGACGGAAUAUCUCUAGUGAUGCUUGGAGCAACGAAUCGUUGGUUCCAUCAGAUCGCGAUGCACGACAGCGUAUGGAAGUUUGCUUGUUUGCGAGAUCUUCGAGUUCCUCAACCAGAACACGUGGAUUUCAAGUGGAUCAAACUUUACACCUCAGCUUUUGAUGGAAGUCACUCUUACUCGUUUCAUCAACAAGAGAAACACAUAGAUUGGAUGAGAAUUGGCGCGUUUUUCUUUGACUCAACGGUUGCGCUGCUGACGGAGAAGCUGUCUUCUCCCAUGGAAAUCCCACGAGGAGGAGGAGGCACAGAGCAAAUGGCGCGGAAUACUGGUUCUUGUGUCUUGAGCAGCAUUAAAACUGGAAUUUGGAUAGCCGAUCUACAGCUCGUAAGAUGCCCUGCCUGCAACCUCAACACAUGCGAAGGAACGAUGCAGACGUUAGAUGCAAGGCACAUAGAGCUGUUCCUAAACGAGGAGUACAAGAAAGGGAGCUGGCAGUAUGAAGAAAUUGGAUGCCACGAAAUAAAGAAGCACACAGACGGGGCCAUGGCAGCCAUUUUUGACAUGAGGCACCUGAAGGAUUCUUCCACCUCUGAGAUUUUGGAGCUCAAAUCAUGGGUAGGGAAGCCCAACGAUUGGCAACCAAAGGCUCGAAUAACUCUACAUGCAGUAGCCGUGAACACCAAUUUGCAACAGAAUGAAGGAAUUCAUGUAAAAUACCAUGCAAUGAAGGCAGGACCUGGAGGUGAAAUCGUUUCAAUACGAAUAUCUCAGCAACUUAUCUGAUAACCCAGAUAAUCCAGAAAUGACGUAGCUUCUUGACAACCAGAAAGUGUAGGUAGAAGUGUAAAGUGUAGAAAUAGAACAGUUUCAGGUGCUUUGAUUUGCCUUCCUGUGCACUCAUUGCUAGAAAUAACCAUAGUUUUAAAGGCAGAAAGAUCUUUCUUUUCUUUUUUUUCGAGACUUCUGCUGAUCUUGGGAGACCAGUGUCUCCCUGCUUUUCGAUUCCCCACUUCUUUUCGAAGUAUACUUUCUAUGAAUUCUCAACACCAAUACACACUGUAUCUGUUUUAAGCCGAUCAAAGUGGUCUCAUCAAGAAAUCCAGACUAAAAAGGCAUACUGCGGAGUCUGAGGAAGGUCAUAUCGUAUGGUCUUACACUCACUUCAUGGAGAGGUGGUUUUCCGACUCGAACUCACGACCACUAGGACGAUCUGAAGCAAACUUACCUUUGCACCAAGGUCCACCCUCCAAGUAAUCCAGACUAGAUCCAACACACACACACAUUAAACUGCUGGACUAAAUAUUUUGGCCACAAUCAUUAAAUCACCACCCUGACACUACAUGUGCAGGCAACAGCCCACCAAUUGGCAGCAAACCAAUUAAGGGAUAACCCAAGUAAACGUCCUAUGGCUUAAAAAUACAUAGGCUCUCUUGGAUGCGAAUACAAACUAGAAAUAUAUCUAAAAGCCUGUUCUCAGAUGUUAGGAAUGCAUCCUAUAUUCUGAGAAUGCAUAUGAAACAGGAUUUAGAAAAUAAGUUUAUAACUGAAAAACCAAUGAUGUAGUCAGACAUUACAAACUUACCUGACAUGACUAUGAACAUCUGAGAACAGGCUUUUCACUACAAUUCUAGUUUGUAUUCACAUCCAGACUGACAGCCUGGGUAUUUUUAAGUGAUAUGACAUUUACUUGGAUUAAGCCUGUGUUUAGCAUGCAUUCCCAAAAUAUAGGAUGCAUUCCUAACAUAGAAUGAGAAUUCUCGUUCUCAGCCAUAAUGCGGAAUGAGCUACAUAGCAUGUUUCACAAAUAGGUGCACAUUCUCUAACAUCCAUGAACAAGAAUGUAUACCAAAAAAAACUAUUCUUUUUGUAUUAGAACGUGUUCUUGACGUAGAAUGCAUUCCAAGAAUGCAUGCCAAACACAGCCAAAGUCUCAGAAUGUGCUCUCAGCCUCAAAUUCAUUCCAAGUGUCCAAUACCAAACACAGCCUUGGCAACCAUG